GUUGGUGCAGCCGUUUCAUGGAUGGACAGGAUGGUCGAAGAAGGCAUCGACCCAGACCUGGAGAUCUAUGAGGCUGUCCUGGAGGCCGUUGCCAAGAGCGGAAGGCAAGAGAUGCGGCGUGACAUUGAGCAGUCUUGGAUCAAAAGUCUCAAAAAAGACAAAGGGAUAAAGAGAGUGAGCAAGGAGGUCUUCAAGACCAUCAUUCGCGUAGCUGCCAGAUAUGGUGACCUUUCAGCUGCUGCCGAGUGGUUGAAAAAAAUGAAAGAAGCUGGCCACCAAUGUGGAGUCAAUGAGUACAACUACCUCCUCAAGGGCAGCGAGUACAUGAAAGACCCGGACACUGCGCAGAAGUUCUUCAAUCGUAUGGAAAAGGCGGAUGUGAAGCCAGAUGCAGAGUCCUACAACUUGGUCAUCAAAACGAUGGCGAAGGCUGGAAAACCCAAGCUUUCCGAGAAAUGGGCCAACAAGAUGGAGGAAGCAGGUCUUCUUACAUCCAAGACACUCCAGUUUGAUUUAGUCGCAAAGUCCAUUGCACGGAACAGUGACAUUGCCGCUGACGAUGCUGCGAAAUGGGUGAAGCGUGCUGUGGAAUUGCAGAAACCUUUGAGCGCUUCGAGUUAUAGAGCUGUGAUGCGCGCAUACCUGGAUGAAAACAAUGCUUCUUCUGCAAGGCAGUGGUUUGAGUGGAUGGAGCAGAACGGAACAGUUGCAGACUAUGAGACCUACCUCAUGCUGAUGAGGUAUGAUGAUCGACAGACUGCCUUUUGGCACAGCAAGAUGGAAGAAGCUGGGAUUGCUCCAACGACAGAGAGCUUCAAUUUGGUGAUCCGCUCCUUUAGUGAAGUGAAGGGCAACCAGCGAAUGCAAAAGGCAGAGGAAUGGUACGAAAGGAUGCUGAGUGCUGGAGUCACACCUGACCAGGAAACUUAUGCUCAGUUGAUUGCAGCCUCUGUGAAGAGCAGAGACGACAGCACGGACAAGUGGUUUAGCAAGAUGAUGGACAGUGGUCUCAGUCCAGACAGCAGCGUGUACAAAUCACUGAUGAUGCGAAGCCUGAUUGAUAGAGAUCCAAUUGGAGUUCGGCAGAUCCUUGAUUGGAUGGUGCUGAAAGGCAUCUCCAUCCACAGGGGUUCCUACAAUAUAGCCAUUCGUGCAUUUGCAGAAGCCAAUGAACCUGAGAAGGCUGAGGAGAUAUACCAAAGGCCAGGGCCAUGCCUGGUGCGGGACAUGCGCCGCUCGCUCUACGUGGAACGCGAAGCGGCAUUCCCCGACAAAGCAGUAGCUCCCCAUGUUCUGCAGGACUUUGUGCGAAGAGCAAAGGACAUUGAUUUCAAGGAUCCUGAGGCAAAAGUGGCUGUGUUCUACUGGCUCUCCAAGUGCUCCCAAGGCACUGCAGGAAGUGAAUCUGAGGAGCUGGAGAAUUUGCUGCUGCAGUUUACACGCGACGUCAGGAAAGAAGCUUUGUAUGGCACUGAGACCCACCUCCUCCUGAUCUUAAGGUCCCUGAUCGUUUCCACCAACCGGCAGAAAAUCCAGAGGGCCUUGGAGACGGAUGCACAAAUUCAGAUGGAGCAAUUGGUCAGGGAGUUGCUGUCGGUCUCCAUAGCUCGCUUGAAGAUGAGACACCAACACCUUCAAAUCUUACAAAUUUCCAUGUGCCUCUCUUCCUAUGCGGCCAUGUGGCUCCCUGAGUAUGGAGAGAUCUUUGAUGUAUUUGCACCAGAAUUGGUAGCACGAAUCAAUCGUGCAAGACGAAGACAAAAUCUUGACCUUGAGACGGAUUUGGGAGAGAAUUUGCCAUUUAUUUUGGCAUCCUAUGGGAAAGCCUCAUGUAUGCAUCCAGAACUUUUUGACACUGCUCUUUCGUGGUGCGAAGAGAAAAUUGCCAUGAUUAGCUACGAAAACCUGGCAAUUCUGUCCAUUGCCACAGCCUCUGGAUGUUUUGGAGAUGAUUGGAGUCUGAAAGCCAUCAGCCGCGUUUGCUCGUCGUUUUGGCGUCUCUUAUUUCAAAGAAACUUUGUACCACCCAAGGACAGCUCCUUGCAAGAUCUCUUCAACCUCGGUGCACGGGAGCUGCUGAAGCGGUCAGAUGGCUUAACUUUUCACGAGGCAGCGGAUAUACUUCUGAUCUUAGCCGCGUGUGAUAUACCGGAUUUGUCUUGCUGGCAAGAACUUCAACGGGCAGUCAGCCAGAUGACAACACAGUUCCAAAUGGCACCGCACGUUUAUUUGUGCCGCAUGUUCUAUGCAAUCACGGCUAUUGACCUCCACAAGUCAGGAGCCAGUGAACUUCGUCAAGUGCAACAGGUUGUUGCCAAGGAGCUAUUGCCAGUUUUGAAUGUUUGUUUAGCACCUGAGCUGGAAGUGCUGGUUCAAUCACUGCUGGCGCUCUCGACGAGAGCUACACCUGAACACUUGAGCUCUUUAGGUUUUCGGACUUUGUUACUGGUCUCACAGAGGGAAGCCGUACGAAAGGCCAAGGAUCUCGGGCCAAAGCGUGCGGCCCGGCUGAGUUGUUUCCUCACAGCCGCAGCCUGGCCUUGGCGUUCCGCGCUGCUACAACCGUGGUUUCUGGAGGAGAUGAAGACGUUUGUGUCUUCAUCAGACACUGGCUUUGAGGGCAUCUAUGGCCAUUGGCUUCAAAUGUCCUCGGAAUGCAUGGAAGAUGUGGAAGCUUGGCCAGAGCCUGUGGCGUGGUAUCUGGAAAGGCUUCUAGUGGCUGGCCGAUAUCCGGAUGAGAGGACUUUUUCUUUCCUGAUUGAAGCUCGCGCACAACAAGGAUCCAUGGAGAAAGCCAGAGCUUGGCUCAAUGAGAUGCUCAAAGCAAAGCUGAGGCCUGGUUUCCGCAGCUACGCUGCACUGGUCAAGGGCUUUGCCUUGAAGGGAGAUGUCGAGAGGACCAAAGAGUUCUUGCAAGAGGUCCAGUUGAGGAAAUUCCACGGCAUGCGCAGGAAGUCUUGGACAGAGAUGAUGCUGCCAGCCUUGCAGUGCUUCGAAAAGGCGGGUGAAGAUGAGGAAAUGGCCAAGUGGAUGGACUAUUCCCUGCAGCGAGGCUUUGAAGUGAGCUUGGAAGCUGAGGAGGCUGAAGCAGAAGGGGCUUCCACCGAAAAAGAAGAACCAAAGCCCAAAAAAAGGAGGUCAAAGGUCAAUGCAGAAGCCAAGGCAGCGAAGGCGACUGGAGAUGCCCUGGCGGAUCUGGAGGCCUUGAAGGCUGCAGGGGAGACGCCGGACAUUCGCGAUUUCAACAAGGUCAUGACAGAAUUUGCAUCCUCGCCCCGCUCUCGCUUCUCGCAUGGAUGCCCAGGAGCUGGAUGA